AUGACAGAUGGCAGGGCUGAGGAGGGCGGUACCUUAGCCAGGGACAGGGCCCGGCAGCCGCGGGGGCUGGCCCUCUUCCCCCUCUGCCUCGCCCUGGCCUUGUCCCUUGCCGCCCUGGGCAGCAGCCACUGGUGUGAGGGCACCCGGAGGGUGGCAACGCCGCUGUGCCAGGACCUCGGAGGGCACCGCAUUCAUUUCAGGCGGGGCAGCGACGACAGCAGGGGGGACGACCCAGCUGUGCAGUACGUGUGGGAGACGGGGGACCACAAGUUCACCCAGCGCGGGUUCCACGCGGGGCUCUGGCAGCCUCGCGAGGCAGCCUGGGCAGCGCAGGGGAGCGUGCCCGCAGGUGAAACCUGUAGGAGUUUCCAGAGCAUAGUACCAGCCAAAGAACAAGGUGUGCUGUGGCUGUCCGUGGGGGCUGAGGUCCUGAACAUCCUUCUGAUACUGACGAGUGAUCUGUUGGGCUCCACAGCAAGCUGUCGCAGCUCCGGGUCCCGCUGGGUCAAGGUGGACGCCCCUGUCGCCAUCCUCACGGUGCUCGCAGGGCUCCUAGGCAUGGUGGCCCACAUGAUGUACUCAACCGCUUUUCAAAUCACUGUGAACCUGGGCCCAGAAGACUGGAGGCCUCACGCGUGGACCUACGGCUGGUCAUACGGCCUCGCCUAGGGCUCUUUCGCCCUCUGCAUGGCUGCAUCGGUCAUGGCCAUGAGCAGGUACACGGCAGCCCACCUGGAACUCACGGAGGAGCAGAGGGCACAGAGAGGCAGUUGGCACUCUCAACACAGCUUCACGGAACCUGACGCUUCGGAGAACGUUUGGGACACAGAAGCUGCUCCCAGCCUUGCGGGGAAUGCCCUAGUGAGUUGCUCUGAGCACCGGCCACCAGGUGCCCCAGUCAAAGUGUCCAUGUGCUAG